GUAGCUAUGGAUAAAAAGCAAAGAAUUAAACGCGGGUGACGAAAACCUUUUGCUUACCAUAUUGAGAGGCCUCUUCUGAAUUCAGUCUCUCCCACUUAUAGCUCUACUUUGUCUUUCACAAACAAAUUUGCUUCUUCACUUGACAGAUUUGGACUAUGGGUCAAACACUCGGUUGCAUUCAAGUAGAUCAGUCAACUGUUGCUGUGAAAGAACAAUUUGGUAAGUUUGAUCAAGUGCUGGAGCCAGGGUGUCACUGUUUGCCAUGGUGUCUUGGGUAUCAGGUUGCUGGUUCACUCUCAUUGCGAGUGCAGCAGCUUGAUGUUCGCUGUGAGACCAAAACGAAGGACAAUGUUUUUGUUACUGUAGUAGCAUCCAUUCAGUACAGAGCCUUAGCAGAGAACGCGGCAGAUGCAUUUUACAAGCUUUCAAACACCAAAGGACAGAUUCAGUCCUAUGUUUUUGAUGUUAUAAGGGCCAGUGUGCCACGAAUGGGGUUGGAUGCUGCAUUUGAGCAGAAAAAUGAAAUUGCUAAAGCUGUAGAGGAAGAGCUUGAAAAGGCUAUGUCUGCUUAUGGGUAUGAGAUUGUCCAGACCCUCAUUGUGGAUAUAGAGCCAGAUAUCCAUGUCAAGAGGGCAAUGAAUGAGAUUAAUGCUGCUGCAAGACUCCGUGUUGCUGCGAAUGAGAAGGCUGAAGCAGAGAAAAUACUGCAGAUCAAGAAAGCUGAAGGAGAAGCUGAAUCCAAGUACUUGUCAGGGCUUGGCAUUGCUCGACAGCGUCAAGCCAUUGUGGAUGGUCUUCGAGACAGUGUGCUUGCCUUCUCAGAAAACGUACCUGGAACAUCACCAAGAGAUGUGAUGGACAUGGUUCUUGUUACUCAGUAUUUUGAUACAAUGAAGGAGAUUGGAGCUUCUUCCAAGUCAUCUGCAGUGUUUAUUCCCCAUGGACCAGGUGCUGUCAAAGAUGUUGCUUCUCAGAUCCGGGAGGGUCUUCUUCAGGCUGAAAGUAUUCAGCAUUAGUUUAAUAAAGGUGAAGGAUAAUUGAUAGUCUUGUGUGGUUUGAUGCUCUUUUAGCUUAGUAUUGAUACGGUAGCUUUAUUUGUGUUGUGCUUAUGUAGUCCAUAGAUUGAUACACGCAACGUUUGGUUUUAGUAGCUUGUGUAUAGGUGUUACCAACUAAGCUGGCAAACAAAAAGUUCUGCAGUUGAUUGUGUUUAUCUUGUUAGAUGUCUCUAUAGGAAUUUUAGGUAUUUACUUGCCAAGAGUAAAUCACAUCACUUAACUGGCCUA